UAGGUUUAUUUGAUAGUUUUAUUGCACCGUUGAUAAAAAUGUUAUGUUGAGACUAAAUAUUGAGUCAGAUUGGGUCUUUGGUUUUAGCCUCGUGGUUUUUGCUAACGGCUGUCUGCUGUAUUUGUUUCUACUUUUAUGUGCAGAACUACAAACAUGAAGCUUGGUUGUUUUUGCGCAAGGUUUGUUGAACUUUGAUACACUUCAGGAGAAGUCCUAAGGCAGGCGACAUUUAGGCUGCAAGGUGACUCAUUUAAGAUAAAUUUAAGGGUUUAGUGGAAACGUAAAAACCUGAAGAUGACCUCAAAGAAAGUGGUGGAGCUCUUCUACGAUGUGGUCUCCCCUUACUCCUGGCUCGGAUUUGAGGUUAUGUGUCGCUACAGAAAUGUGUGGAACAUCGAGCUGAAGCUGCGACCUGCGUUUCUGGGAGGCAUCAUGCAGGGAGCAGGAAACAAGCCCCCUGGUUUAGUCCCCAACAAAUUUACCUACAUGACGAAGGAUAUGAACCGUCUGGCCAAAUACUUUGAGGUGCCUAUAAACCCCCCCUCUGACCCCUUUGAGGUCAUGUUCGAAAAAGGAAGUUUGUCUGCCAUGCGAUUUGUGACAGCAGUGCAGCAGAUCGAGAAAGGUGGAGACAAGCAGGUGGAGCGGGUUUCCCGGGAGCUGUGGAGGCGGAUCUGGAGUGAGGACAAAGACAUUACACAACCCCAAUCCUUCUCAGAGGCAGCAAAAAAAGCAGGACUAACCGACAGUAAGAUUGAGGAAGCACUAAAGCUGUGCACCUCCCAGGAGAUCAAAGAUAAGCUCAAACACACGACCGAGGAAGCACUAAACUAUGGGGCGUUUGGCUUCCCCAUGGUGAUUUGUCAUAUUGAUGGGAAACCUGAAAUGUUUUUCGGAUCUGACAGAUUUGAGCUCAUGGCCAACUGCAUGGGAGAGAAGUGGUUGGGACCUACUCCUAAUAGCUCCGCCUCCAAGCUCUGAGAUCAAAGAUCCUUUCAAAAUAAAAUGUUUCCAUACUAAACUGUGCCUUCUUAAA